CUUUGUUUCUUUUCUGGCUUCAUUCACUCAUGCUUUCUCUCUCUUGAAUGUGGCCUAGAAAGUUGAAACCCUUCUUCACCCAUGUCAUAAAUUUUCUUUUUUCUUUUCCUUAGCUGCUCUCUCUCCAUGUUCACAUAAGAGUAAAUAGCAUAGCUGGGAUAGAGACUUGUGGCAGCUGAAAAGAAAUUCAGAGAAAGGAUUUGAGGAGUCCAAGGAGGUUGAUUUAUCAGGGGGUGCUUUGCUGGAUUAGCAUUGAGAGUCUCAAGAGGGUGUUUGGUUUGGGAAGUUUGAGAUGGAUUGGAUUGGCUUUCAGUCAUGUGAAGGAGAUGAGUGGAAUAAUUUGUAAGACUGUAGUGAAGAAAUUUUGGUAUGGCGUGCAGGUUGACUUUAGUGAUAAGUCAGAUUUGUGUCUGACAUAGUAUCACAGUUAAUGUUGGAACAUCACUGGCUGGUUGAUGCUGGGAUACGAGGUGGAGAAGCUAGUUGUUGAAUUGUUGAAGGUGUCUUGGACUGGCUUGCAGGUUGAAAGUCCUUUGUCUUUUAAUUAUCUUUGAAGCGGCUGACAUCUUGGUGAUGACUUGUAAAUUGUAGUAGAUAGAAUGUUUGCUAGUAAUAAUGGUAUUUAUCUAGCAGUAAUAUAAUUUAUGUCUCUCUGAGUAUUGGUGCUUCCAAGUGUUUCUCCAAGUGUCAUAAGCCUUAAUCUUGGUGGUACUAGUAGAAGAGUAAAAAUGGAAGCAGAGACUUUGAAUGCAAAUCACCCUCCCGGUUUUCUUCACCGGUCGCUCCCCGCUGUUGUGCCUAUCCUUUUGAUUUCAAUAGGAUAUGUUGACCCUGGAAAGUGGGUGGCAAUUGCUGAAGGAGGUGCACGAUUUGGGUUCGAUCUGAUGGCCUUCAUGCUUAUCUUUAAUUUUGCAGCCAUCUUCUGUCAGUACAUAUCAGCAAAAAUUGGUGUUAUCACAGGAAAGGAUCUUGCUCAGAUUUGCAGUGAUGAGUACGAUAAUUGGACAUGCAUGCUUCUUGGAGUUCAGGCAGAACUUUCGGUGAUUAUGCUAGACCUUAACAUGAUAUUGGGCAUGGCACAUGGAUUAAAUAUUCUUUUUGGGUGGGACUUGUUCACUUGUGUCUUUUUAAUUGCUACUGGUGCUGUUUUCCAUCUCCUUCUUUUUGCCCUCCUGGACAUUGAGAAGGUGAAGAUCCUGGGCCUGUUUGUGUCAGGUUUUGUAUUUCUUUCGUUUGUACUUGGAACACUCAUUAAUCAACCAGACAUUCCAUUAUCCAUUAAUGGAAUACUAACAAAGUUGAGUGGGGAGAGUGCAUUUGUGCUGAUGAGUCUAUUAGGAGCAACUCUUGUGCCUCACAACUUCUACCUUCAUUCCUCUAUUGUACAGUGGCAUCAGGGAUCAACUACCAUUUCUAAGGAUGCUUUAUGUCAUAACCAUUUUUUGGCAAUCAUGUGUGUCUUCAGUGGCCUUUAUUUGGUAAAUAAUGUGCUGAUGAAUGCUGCAGCAAAUGAGUUCUACAGUAUGGGUCUUGUUUUGACUACUUUUCAGGAUGCAUUAUCACCAAUGGAACAGGUGUUGCGUAGUCCAAUAGCCAUGCUUGCUUUUUUACUCAUUCUGUUUUUUUCAAAUCAAACCACAGCAUUAACUUGGAGUUUUGGUGGAGAAGUAGUUGUGCAAAGUUUCUUAAAAUUGGAUAUUCCGGGUUGGCUUCAUUAUGCUACAAUUAGAGUAAUUGCUGUUCUGCCUGCCCUUUAUUGUGUUUGGAGUUCAGGAGCUGAAGGGAUGUAUCAACUACUUAUAUUCACUCAGAUUGUUGUAGCUCUGCAACUUCCAUCUUCUGUGAUCCCCCUUUUUCGGAUCGCCUCAUCUAGAUCAAUAAUGGGGGUACACAAGAUCCCUCAAUUUGUGGAAUUUUUGGCAUUGAUCAUAUUCAUUGGGAUGCUUGGCUUGAAUAUUGUCUUUGUUGUAGAAAUGAUAUUUGGCAGUAGUGAUUGGGUGGGCAAUUUGAGAUGGAAUGUGGGGACUGGUGUGUCUCUCUCUUAUUUGGUUCUUCUUUGCACUGCGUUUGCAUCAUUCUGUCUGAUGCUUUGGUUAGCUGCCACACCUUUAAAGUCUGCUAGUGUUCAAUUGGAUGAUCAGCAAUGGAACUGGGACAUGCCACAGGCCGUACCAAAAUCACGGAUUGAUAACGAGGAAACAGAUUUAAAAGAAACAAGAUAUCAAGGAGAUGCAUCAGUUCAGGGGAAGGAACCAUCACCAGCUCUAGCAAGGACCCUGGAAUAUUCAGAUGUACCAGUUGCAAGUUUUCAUCUUGAUCUACCUGAAACUAUCAUGGAGCCUGAUGUUCCUGUGACUACUGUAAGGGAGACUCAUCCAUUUACAUCAUUUCCUUGCUCCCCAACAUCUGUUAAGGAAUCAGCUUCCACUUCAGAAUCGGAGGCAGUACCAGCUGUAAGUAAUGAGACUUCUGAUAUUAUAUUGGGACAUUCCAAAACUUUGAAAACAGAAACUACUGCCCCUGUUGAGAAAACUGUAGAAAUUGAGGGAGAUUCAAAUGCCGAAAGGGAUGAUGAUGAUGGAGAUUCAUGGGAAACUGAAGAAAUACAAAAAGUGGUCUCACUAGCCCCAUCUUCAGCAUCAGAUGGCCCAGCAUCAUUCAGGAGCCUUAGUGGGAAAAGUGAUGAUGGAGGGAAUAGCAUUGGUAGUCUUUCGAGAUUAGCAGGUUUAGGGCGCGGUGCAAGACGUCAACUAGCUGCUAUUCUUGAUGAAUUCUGGGGACAACUUUAUGGUUUCCAUGGUCAAUUUACCCAGGAAGCUAAGGCCAAGAAACUUGAUGUUUUACUGGGAAUAGAUUCAAGACUCACUGGUUCUUUGCAAAGAAUGGAUCCAUGUGGAAAGGAAUAUUCUGAAUAUUUAAUAUCUGUAGGAAGUAGAGCUCCAGAUACUUUAAUGAACUCUGCUCCAUAUGAAUCUCCCAGGCAGAAUAGGAUCCAAAGUAAUUUAGAUGCUUCCUAUGGGCCUCAAAGGAGUUCUUCCUCACUGCGGGCAAAUCCUGUCCAGUUUAUGGAUGAAUAUGUUCAGACCUCCAGCCGCAAUCUCCUCGAUGCUGGUGAAAGGCGCUAUUCCAGUGUGCGCAAUUUACCUACGUCUGCAGCCUGGGAUUAUCAGCCAGCUACUAUACAUGGUUAUCAGGUUUCAUCGUAUAUUAAUCAGGUUGGUAAAGACACAAAUUCUGAUAACUUAAAUGGUCUGAGGGAAUCCCCUUCCAUGGGUAAUACGAACCACUACAGGAAUUCUAUGGGUAAUACGAACUACAGGAAUUCUAUUGCAUUUGCUUUGGGUAAAAAGUUGCAAAAUGGUUCAGGUUUAAGCCAACCCCCAGGGUUCCAGAACAUUGCUGUCUCUAAGAAUAGCCAAUUGCCAUCUGAGAGGUCCUAUUAUGAUUCUCGCCCUUCCGGACCUGUGGAUAGUACAGUCAGUUCAGUCAAUGCUAAAAAGUACCACAGCUUGCCAGAUAUUUCAGGAUAUGCCAUUCCUCACAGGGAUGUUUACAUGUCUGAUAAGAGUGCUCCAUGGGAUGGUUCUGUAGGUGGAUAUAGAUCUUCUGCAAGUAGGACUCAUUAUGAACCGUCAUUAUAUUCAAACUCUGGAUCAAGGACAGGAGCUCCUUUAGCCUUUGAUGUACUCUCUCCAUCAAAAGCCUACAGUGAUGAACUUUCUUCUCAGUUGAGUUCUGGUUUUGGCACUGGAUCCCUCUGGUCCAGACAGCCUUUUGAGCAGUUUGGGGUGGAUGAUAAAAUUCAUAAUGCUGCAACAGAAGAUGUUGGAAAUAGGCCUAGUGCAACUACUCAAGAAACUACUUCAGUGGUGGAUAUAGAUGGCAAACUUCUUCAAUCUUUUAGACAAUGUAUUUUGAAACUCUUAAAAUUGGAAGGGUCUGAUUGGUUGUUUAAACAGAAUGAUGGGGCUGAUGAAGAUCUGAUUGAUCGUGUUGCUGCAAGGGAGAAAUUUGUUUAUGAAAUUGAAACCACAGAGAUGAACCGCAAUCAUAUGGGAGAAACUCGAUAUCUUUCUUCUGAUGGGAAGUCUUGUUCUUCAAUGAAGAAUAAUGAGGCUAAUUGGUCUAGUUUUUCCGUAACCUCAAUCCCUAACUGUGGAGAUGGAUGUGUAUGGAGAGCAGACAUAAUAAUAAGCUUUGGGGUGUGGUGUAUCAAACGUGUUCUUGACCUCUCAUUAAUGGAGAGCCGGCCAGAGCUGUGGGGGAAGUACACUUAUGUACUCAAUCGCCUCCAGGGCAUCAUUGAUCUGGCUUUCUCCAAGCCUCGUAGUCCCAUGACCCCAUGCUUUUGCCUUCAAGUUCCCAUGACUUACCAGCAGAAGUCAGGCUCACCUCCUUCCAAUGGGAUGCUGCCCCCUGCAUCAAAACCAGGCCGUGGAAAAUGCACAACUGCGUCAGUGGUGUUUGAGAUGGUCAAGGAUGUGGAGAUAGCAAUCUCUAGCCGGAAAGGUCGCACAGGAACUGCUGCUGGUGAUGUAGCUUUCCCAAAGGGAAAGGAGAAUUUGGCAUCUGUUCUCAAACGGUAUAAGCGUAGAUUAUCCAAUAAACCAGUUGGCACUACUCAAGAAGGGAUUCGCAAGAUUCCCACAUCAGCACCAUACAACUUGUAGCAUUUUGCAUUUUGUCUUCACUACGCAUUAACAUAAGCUGUGUUCCUUGGGCUGUUUUGAUUUGUGAAGCAGUUCAUGCUGUAGAUCAAAGGAUUACCAAUUUCCUCGCCACAAGACUGCUGUCUCCAUGUACCAAUCCUCGCCGCAGAUUUUCUUUCCUUGUAAUGUUAUAUACACGUAGGGUUAGAAUUACUAUAUGUAAUUGCAAAAAAAUCAAAGGAAAACAAAUGGUUAGAUGGAAACUGACUUUUACCAUUUUGGCUUAUUUUUCAUUACUUCACUCGCAACUGCAUGCUAGGUGGGGAAACCAAAUGGGAAUAAAAUUGUCAACAUGUUGUCAUCUUAACAAGGGAAAAUAAUUUUCGAUGUGUUUUUAUUGAGUGUUAUUAAAGGCACUUGGUAUGGUUGCCAAAUUUUCGUUUUA